AGAAAGAGAGCGCGUGUGUGACGUGUUUGUGUAUCCUCAGUGUUUUCUCUCUUGCGUGUUUCAUUGAGUGUAAACAGUCUCUUAUAUCUGUGUAUUUUAGUGUUGAGACAUUGAGUAGGAUCUAAUCUGUCCAUGCUGGAUAUAUUGAUGAUUUCAUCACAGAAAUCUCUCAGCUGAAGAAAGAGGUGGCGUUACUGGAGACAAAGCUGAGGUCAAGAGGAGAUAUAGCAAUGAAUCGAGAGGAUGUGGAUUGUUGUGAAUCUUCAGUGUAUGUGACUGAUGAUGGGAGUCUGGAUUCAGUGUGGAUGAGAAGAGAUCAGAGCCGCACACCACAGACACUGCUGGACUCUAAACUCUCUGAAGAGAAAUCCAGACACACACAGGACUCCGAUCUCAGUCUGACUUUACUCUGUUAUACUGAGUCAAAGCCCACAGACACUCAGGACACUACAGUGUGUGACAGUAAACAGAGCUUACAGGAGGAUCAAACCUCCACAGAGUCUCUGGAUUCUGUCUGUAAUGCUGGAGAACAGCAGCAGAUCCUGCAGACCAAACUGAAGAUGUGUUCAGUUAAACUCAUCGACUGCAUGAACCUCAUGAUGAAGAUUAAAACUGAACCCACAGAAACCAAACCUGAACCCACAGAAACCAAACCUGAACCCACAGAAACGAAACCUGAACCCACAGAAAUGAAACCUGAACCCACAGAAAUGAAACCUGAACCCACAGAAAUGAAACCUGAACCCACAGAAAUGAAACCUGAACCCACAGAAAUCCAAACUGAACCCACAGAAAUCCAAACUGAACCCACAGAAAUCCAAACUGAACCCACAGAAAUCCAAACUGAACCCACAGAAAUCCAAACUGAACCCACAGAAAUCCAAACUGAACCCACAGAAAUCCAAACUGAACCCACAGAAAUCCAAACUGAACCCACAGAAAUCCAAACUGAACCCACAGAAAUCCAAACUGAACCCACAGAAAUCCAAACUGAGCCCACAGAAAUCAAAACUGAGCCCACAGAAAUCCAAACUGAGCCCACAGAAAUCAAAACUGAACCCACAGAAAUCAAAACUGAGCCCACAGAAAUCCAAACUGAACCCACAGAAAUCAAAACUGAGCCCACAGAAAUCAAAACUGAACCCACAGAAGAGGAAGGUCGAAAUGAGGAACAUGAUGAUUUUAAUCCAUCAGAUGUGAAGAGUGAUUCAUGUUUGGAUAUAGAAAUAACGUCCUCAACAUCAAAAGAGCGACUGACAGCACAAACUCUUUCCUGCAUCACCUGUGGAAAGACAUUCAGCUCACAGAGACUUUUAGAGAGACAUGAAAGAAAACACACAGAACAGAAACACUUCACCAGAUCUGAGAUCAGCUUUACUACCUUACAAGAGAAGAAACUUCAUUCAGAAGACCACAGAGAGAAGAAGAAGAAGCAGUUUCACUGUGAGCAGUGUGGGAGGAUUUGUGUCUCUUCCUUUAAUCUAAAUGUUCACAUGAGGACACACAGUGAUGAAAAGCCUUUCUACUGCACUGUAUGUGGAAAUUACUUCAGAACCAAAACCAAUCUUAAAACUCAUCAGAGAAUUCAUACUGGUAAAAAAACAUAUGAGUGUCCUCACUGUGAGAAGAGAUUUAGCUGUAAAUAUAAUCUGAACCGACAUGUGUGUUCACACACCAAUGAGAGACCGUAUCAGUGCAGUGAAUGUGACAAAACCUUUAGGGAUUCACGUUUAUUAAAAAAACACCAGAAUACUCACUUUAAAGAGAAACUCUAUCAGUGUUCAUACUGUGAUAAACGUUUCUGCCAUAACUAUAAGCUGAAAAUCCAUGAGAGAGUUCACACUGGAGAAAAACCUUACAAAUGCUCUCGAUGUGACAAGACUUUUCAAUAUUCACGUAACUUAAAAUUCCAUCAAACAGUUCACACUGGAGAGAAACCUCAUCACUGUAGUGUCUGUGGGAAGAGUUUUACUCGCCAAUCAAACUUACUAAGUCACCAGAACAUUCAUACAGGUGAAAGACCUUACAAAUGCUCUCAGUGUGACAAGACGUUUACUUUUUUAUCUAACUUAAAAGGCCAUCAGAGAGUUCACAAUGAAGAGAAACCUUACGUCUGCGCUCAAUGUGGAAAGCGCUUCUCUAGUUCAUCUCAAUUCAUAGAGCAUCAGAGAGUUCAUACUGAAAAGAAAUAUCAUCACUGUAGUGUCUGUGGAAAGAGUUUCUCUCAAUUAUCUCAAUUCAGAAUUCAUGAAAGAGUUCAUACUGGAGAGAAACCUUAUCGCUGUGGUGUCUGUGGGAAGAGUUUUAGUGUAAAGUCUACCUCACUAAAGCACCAGAGAGUUCAUACAGGUGAAAAACCUUACAAAUGCUCUCAGUGUGACAAGAUGUUUACUUCUUCGUAUAACUUAAAAUCCCAUCAGAGAGUUCACACUGGACAGACCGUUAACUCUUUCCACGCCAGCCAUGCUGGAUAUAUUGAUGAUUUCAUCACAGAAAUCUCUCAGCUGAAGAAAGAGGUGGCGUUACUGGAGACAAAGCUGAGGUCAAGAGGAGAUAUAGCAAUGAAUCGAGAGGAUGUGGAUUGUUGUGAAUCUUCAGUGUAUGUGACUGAUGAUGGGAGUCUGGAUUCAGUGUGGAUGAGCAGAGAUCAGAGCCGCACACCACAGCCACUGCUGGACUCUAAACUCUCUGAAGAGAAAUCCAGACACACACAGGACUCCGAUCUCAGUCUGACUUUACUCUGUUAUACUGAGUCAAAGCCCACAGACACUCAGGACACUACAGUGUGUGACAGUAAACAGAGCUUACAGGAGGAUCAAACCUCCACAGAGUCUCUGGAUUCUGUCUGUAACGCUGGAGAACAGCAGCAGAUCCUGCAGACCAAACUGAAGAUGUGUUCAGUUAAACUCAUCGACUGCACGAACCUCAUGAUGAAGAUUAAAACUGAACCCACAGAAAUGAAACCUGAACCCACAGAAAUGAAACCUGAACCCACAGAAAUGAAACCUGAACCCACAGAAAUGAAACCUGAACCCACAGAAAUCAAAACUGAACCCACAGAAAUCAAAACUGAACCCACAGAAAUCAAAACUGAACCCACAGAAAUCAAAACUGAACCCACAGAAGAGGAAGAUCGAAAUGAGGAACAUGAUGAUUUUAAUCCAUCAGAUGUGAAGAGUGAUUCAUGUUUGGAUAUAGAAAUAACGUCCUCAACAUCAAAAGAGCGACUGACAGCACAAACUCUUUCCUGCAUCACCUGUGAAAAGACAUUCAGCUCACAGAGACAUUUAGAGAGACAUGAGAGAAAACACACAGAACAGAAACUCUUCACCAGAUCUGAGAUCAGCUUUACUACCUUACAAGAGAAGAAACUUCAUUCAGAAGACCACAAAGAGAAGAAGAAGAAAAAGAAGAAGCAGUUUCACUGUGAACAGUGUGGGAGGAUUUGUGUCUCUUCCUCCAAUCUGAAUAUUCACAUGAGGAUACACAGUGAUGAAAAGCCUUUCAACUGCACUGAAUGUGGAAAAUACUUCGGAACCAAACACAAUCUUAAAGUUCAUCAGAGACUUCAUACAGGUGAAAAACCUUUCAAAUGCGCUCAGUGUGGAAAGAGCUUCUCUAAUUCAUCUCAUUUAAGGGUUCAUCAGAGAGUUCAUACAGGAGAAAAAACGUACGAGUGUCCUCACUGUGAGAAGAGAUUUAGCUGUAAAAGUGGUCUGAAGACUCAUGUGCUUUCACACACCAAUGAGAGACCGUAUCAGUGCAGUGAAUGUGACAAAACCUUUAGGGAUUCAAGUUCAUUAAAAAGACACCAGAAUAUUCACUUUAAAGAGAAACUCCAUCAGUGUUCACACUGUGAUAAACGUUUCUGCCAUAAAUAUCAGCUGAUAAUCCAUGAGAGAGUUCACACUGGAGAAAAACCUUACAAAUGCUCUCAGUGUGACAAGACUUUUCACUAUUCACGUUACUUAAAAGACCAUCAGAGAGUUCACUCUGGAGAGAAACCUUAUCACUGUAGUGUCUGUGGGAAGAGUUUUAGUCACAAAUCAAACUUACUAAGGCACAAGAGAGUUCAUACAGGUGAAAAACCUUACAAAUGCUCUCAGUGUGACAAGACGUUUACUUAUUCAUCUAACUUAAGAGACCAUCAGAGAGUUCACAAUGGAGAGAAACCUUACGUCUGUGCUCAAUAUGGAAAGCGCUUCUCUAGUUCAACUCAAUUCAUAGAGCAUCAGAGAGUUCAUACUAGAGAGAAACAACAUCACUGUAGUGUCUGUGGAAAGAGCUUCUCUUGGUUAUCUCAAUUAAAAAAUCAUCAGAGAGUUCAUACUGGAGAGAAACAACAUCACUGUAGUGUCUGUGGAAAGAGCUUCUCUUGGUUAUCUCAAUUAAAAGUUCAUCAGAGAGUUCAUACUGGAGAGAAACCUUAUCACUGUAGUCUCUGUAGGAAGAGUUUUAGUGUAAAGGAUACCUUACUAAGGCACCAGAGAGUUCAUACAGGUGAAAAACCUUACAAAUGCUCUCAGUGUGACAAGACGUUUGCUUAUUUAAGUCACUUCAGAGUCCAUCAGAAAGUUCACACUGGAAAGAACCUUUAACUCUUUCCCCACCAGCGUUUAAAAAAAGUUGCCAGCCAGCACCAGCAUUUUUCAUGAUUUUCACAAAAGUUUAAUGUCUUCCAGAAAAUGUACAUUAUAUCAAAUAAAGAAAUAGACCCUCUGCUUUCAAACAAAAAAGACGUUUCAUCCUACCUUCAAUAGUUAUGUUGUAUUGCGGAAAGCCGGAAUUACUCGUCAUUUGCAGGAAAGCCUUUUUUUACUCCAACAAUGGUGGAAAACCGGAUUGUGAAUAAUAGACUGAGGAGAAGAGCAUUAUUAGAGGGGUGUGUGGUGUGCUGCUUUUGGGCUUCCAGGGCCACUUGUAGGCUAUAACUAUAUGACUGCAGGUGAAGGUGGGAAUGUGACAAAUAUUGCUUCUACUUUGACGUAUGAUGUCAUAUGACAGUCUAGUAGUGGUGUCCCAUUUCUAAGGGGAAUAUUUUUAACCCUUCCCGUUUUCACACUGUUUUAGGAGGCAAGGUUAAGGGUUAGGCGUAUAAAAUAGAAUUGGAAUUGGGCCUAAUAAUCUAUGGUGGGUUCUUGAACUUUCCAAUACUACUAACCAACUGCAGAACAACAGAAAUAUACGUCAUGACAGUCUGAUACUGAUAGCCCCAGCCUGAGGCCGGAAGUGGGCCUUAUAAGGCAUUCCGCUACUUCUGUGUCGUUGUAAAUAUUACGGUGAUAUGAUUAUGCAGGCAUGCUAGUUUUCUGUCUUUUAUGCUCCAAACGGACGCUAACUUUGUUAGAAAAUCAUAGCCAUUAUAUCAAGAGCAUGGACUGUGAUCAAAACCCACGUCGAUAAAAAAAAUGCAGGGCUUGCACAGAGCGAUUCACUCGACAUCAAAGUACAGUGAGAUCAGAGUGUGUGUUGUGCUUGUUUUAAGAAAUGUAUUAAAAAUAUUUAAUUUAAAAAGAUAUAUUUACGAUAUUUGAGAUGUAACUGUAUAUUAUUUAUAAAUAUAUAGGGCGAUUUCACAAUGACUGAGGCGAAUUAUAUUUAGAUGAAUUAUAGACCGUUUCAGCAGUAACAACAUAAACAAGCGUCUGUCGCGGUCCGCACGUAACUUCCGGUAAACUCUGCUAAGAAUAAAUAACAACAAAGUUCUUUAAAUGGAGUUUAUUUAUAUAACAAGCAAAAAAAAACCACAUAGAUUACUUAGGAAAUCAAAACAUUUGUUAUUUUCGACGAGGCAUUCGUUCAAGAGAUCAGUUUAGCAACUAGUCAGACCAUUAAAAAAACGAAACCGGAAGUACGGUUCGGAUCCAGACGUGUAUCACAUGCGUCCGAUGAAACUGUCAAUAUUUUAUAUAUACACACACACGUAUGUAUGUAAGUUAUGUGUGUUUAUGUAAUGUGUAAAAUAAUGUAAACGUAAAAAAUUGUAUUUGCUACAAACAAUUAAGUUUUUAGUUAAAUGUAUAGUUUAUUAUCCAUUUUUUAUGUGUCAUAAAUGAAUAAAAAUAAAUUUAACACAAAUCUUAAAAAAUAAAGCUUGAGCAUUUGAUUUGAAUGAAAAAGCAUUUUAAUAGAUUUUAACGUUUAAUAAUUCUCUGUCCAUCUCCGGUCUGAGAUUACCAUAGAUAUAUACACUAGAUGUCGCCUUGGGGCUCUGAGCAUGCGUCAAAACAGCCGCCAUCGGUCUUGUCAUAGGAAGUAUCUAGGUAAAGCUGCUAUCUCCACCUGUACUUCGAAUUCAUGAACGAUGCCGGACUUUUGUGCUGUGCAUGGAUGAAAGGGCUACUAGCACUAUGCAUUACAGUAAGAAAAAGUAAAUUUUCAUAAAAUCAAAACUUUUAUUUUUUCCCGUACUAAAUGAUAAAUACAUGUCUGACUGUUGAAACGAACCCAAAGAAAACCAAGAAAAUCGCAUUCAUGACGAUUUAUGGUGAUUUUAUUUCUGUUACACCAUUGCCUACAAUGACGCUGAUGCGGGAUUCCCCUGUUUCAAGAUGGCGGCUCUGUUUGACGCAUUCGGUCCAAUGAACUGCCGUAGCCAAGGCGACAUCUAGUGUACAUAUCUAUGUGAGAUUACAACUCCGCCACUUCCGGUCUCAGACUGUCAGGCUGGGACUGUCAGUCUCAGACUGUCAUGACGUAUGGUUCUGCGCUUCUGCUGUUGGUCCUAUCUCGAACUUUCAGUGCCUAGCACCAUGUGCGACCCACGUGACGACCUGACGUGAAGUCAACGCCUUAGAAAUUGCAUUUUUUCAGCCAGGUGAGGUGCUAAACUGUUAAAGCGAAAUUAAAACCUACACAUUUUAGCCUGUUAUCAGGCAGCAGGAUGCCGGCAAAGUUCCGCCAGAGCGAUUUAAAAGCAAACUCCUCCGUAUGAUUUCCCAAAUUGCUCUCGCUGUACUUUGAGGUCAUCUGGCUUUUGAUUCUUACGGCACCGCAUGAAGUGGAACAAGCCUAAUAUAGCUUCUUUUACCACUCAACCUGCUCUCAAAUCAACUUAAGGUAAUUUGAAGUUAGACAGCAGACGAACCCAACCAAACAGUAACUUCGCUUUUACCGUCUCUGAAGGGGAAAUCACCAAAACCCUCAAUAAAAGAUGACUAGAACCUGUGCAGUAUGUGGAUGCAAGGACAACAAAUUCAAGCCACCGGGAGUUUUUAUUGCUUACAUCAACGCGGCCCUCAGUUGGCACACCACUACUCAAAAAUUUGAAUAUGCACCCAGCACUUUUGUCAGGAGGAUUUCGAGUACUGUUUUUCAGCACAGUUUACCCACAGACUCAUGAUCAAAAUAUCUUAAACAUAAUUUGGCUUAGUUGUUGCUUGUUUUGUGUAACUACGGUAAACAUAGUACGCAGAAAGUUAUUAUCAUGUUGUUGUUAUUAUGAACACAAGCAAAGCAAGCUAACGUUAGCUCAUCCUGUGCAGCUGUCAAAGAACGUUAUCAACUACUGUCAGUCAUCUCGCAUCAAGACCCGCCCCUAUUCAGAAACGUUCAGAAAAUGUAAUAGACAUCGCCAGUGUGUCGUCAUCAUGACGUAUUCCCAGUGGUGAACGCAAAGCAUUUUGGGAAUCCGCGGCACGAACGUACAGUCGCCAGACUUCUUUGCAUGGAGGAAAGGACGCAGUGUUCAAAAUGCCGUCUAUACUUGCUGUGUUAUAAACUGGAAUAGUCGUUCUCAUGAUACGUGCCAUAAAGCUUUAAAACGGAAAAUCCUUUUAUCGUUUUCAAACGUGGAAAAAUAUUAGUACAAGCCAUGUUUCAGAGGUGACAAAAAGGCGACGCAUAGCAGCUUUUUAAAUUAAUUUGGUAUAUUUCAUAUGAAUAUAUUUGUUUCCCUUAACAUUUUAAUUAACACUAACUUUAUUCUCAUCUUAAUUAUAAAAAUAUAUUUCUGUAUAAAAUAAUAUUACCAAUUAAAAUACAUUUGAGAGAGAGAAUUUUUGGUUAAGUUACAGUUUGACAAGUUUACAGUUUGACAAAAGCACAAUGUUGU